AGCUGCGCCUGCCUUCGCCCGCCGGGGAGCGCAGCGUUCUCGCCCCUUUCGCUCGCCCCCGGCUGGCUUCCCCGCAGCUUUCCAGGACGGGACGAUGUCGUCUUCUUCUUCCUCCUCCAAGGCGUGGAGCUUGGGGCGCCUGUCUCUUUCCUCCAGGAAAGGCAGCCUGAAGCCCUCCGUCCUGGAGCUGGCCGAGAACGCCCCCAACACCCACUACGCGCCGUUUUCCGUCUCCUCGCCCGCGGGAGCCCUGGGCGCGAAAGAGCCGCCAAGCAGCGGCGAAGUAGCCGAGGCGGCCACGGUAGUGAUGAGCGGCGAUUUCCCGCGCCCGCCGAUCAGCUUGGAUCCGCGCGUCUCCAUCUACAGCGUCCGCAAACCUCUGCUCAGCCGCAGCAACAUCCAAGGCCGGGUUUACAACUUCUUGGAGAGACCCACCGGCUGGAAGUGCUUCGUCUAUCAUUUCACCGUUUUCCUCAUAGUGCUGAUCUGCCUUAUAUUCAGUGUGCUUUCCACGAUUGAUCAAUAUGCAACUCUGGCCACAGGGACAUUAUUUUGGAUGGAAAUUGUAUUAGUGGUAUUUUUUGGAACUGAGUAUGUGGUUCGAUUGUGGUCUUCAGGAUGCCGCAGUAAAUAUGUUGGCUUCUGGGGAAGGCUUCGUUUUGCUAGAAAACCCAUUUCCAUCAUUGAUCUUAUUGUAGUUGUCGCCUCCAUGAUAGUACUAUGUGUUGGUUCAAAAGGUCAAGUUUUUGCAACAUCAGCUAUCAGAGGCAUCCGGUUUCUGCAGAUUUUGCGCAUGCUUCAUGUAGAUCGGCAGGGUGGCACAUGGAGACUGUUGGGAUCUGUAGUGUUCAUACAUAGACAGGAAUUGAUAACUACCCUGUAUAUUGGGUUUCUGGGCUUAAUUUUUUCUUCAUAUUUCGUGUAUUUGGCUGAAAAAGAUGCUGUGAAUGACUCGGGCGAGCAUGAAUUUAGCAGCUAUGCUGAUGCACUUUGGUGGGGAGUCGUGACUGUUACAACCAUUGGUUAUGGAGACAAGGUGCCUCAAACAUGGAUAGGAAAAACUAUUGCAUCUUGCUUUUCUGUAUUUGCAAUAUCAUUUUUUGCCUUGCCUGCAGGAAUCCUUGGUUCUGGUUUUGCUCUCAAGGUACAGCAGAAACAAAGGCAAAAGCAUUUUAACCGACAAAUUCCAGCAGCUGCUUCUCUUAUUCAGACAGCCUGGAGGUGCUACGCAUCAGAAAACCCAGAUUCUUCCACAUGGAAAAUAUAUAUUAAAAAGCCUUCCAGAAGUUAUCACCUGUUGUCUCCUAGUCCCAAGCCAAAGAAAAUAGCAAUGGUGUCGGUAAAAAAGAAGAAAACCAAAACAGAAAAGGAUAAUGGAUCACUUUCUCCUGAUAAAAUUUUACCUGUUCCACAAAUCACAUUUGACCAUGUGUUGGAGGAUAGGAAAGCUGUUUUUCAAAUGGAUACCUAUGAAAAUUCUGGAAAAACAGGCAUGUUAAAAUUUCUUGACCGACAGCAUUCCUGGACAUCCUUUACUUCAGAGCAACCAUCUCCCAGUUCUCCAGUUAAAAGGAACUCUCCAUUUUUAGAGCCACAUACAGGACCAUUCAUUAGAACAAACAGCUUUGCUGAUGAACUUGACCUGGAAGGGGAGACUUUGCUGACUCCAAUAACUCACAUCUCACAUUUGAAAGAACAUCACCGUUCUGCCAUUAAAGUGAUACGCCGUAUGCAGUAUUUUGUGGCAAAGAAGAAAUUUCAGCAAGCUAGAAAGCCUUAUGAUGUUCGUGAUGUGAUAGAACAAUAUUCUCAGGGUCAUCUCAACUUAAUGGUCCGAAUCAAAGAGCUUCAAAGAAGAUUGGACCAAUCUAUAGGGAAGCCAUCACUAUUUAUUUCUGUCUCAGAAAAAAAUAAAGAUCGAGGGACUAAUACAGUUGGUGCCCGGCUGAACAGAGUCGAAGAAAAGGUAGGCCUAAAUUAG